AUGCAUCUAAUGACAAUGAUGGAGUUAGUCAAACCCAAAUGGUACGAGCGUCUUCUAGUGAUGCUUGUUCAAGGGAUUUUCUUCAAUUCCUAUUUCGUUUGUUACGUGGUUUCGCUGCGGUUGGCUCAUCGGAUUGUUGGAUAUUUAGAAGAAGAAGCUGUACAUUCUUACACCGAGUUUCUUAAAGAUAUCGAUGAUGGGAAGAUUGUCAUUGCUAUUGAUUAUUGGAGAUUACCUAAAGAUGCUACGUUAAAAGAUGUUGUUACUGUGAUUCGUGCUGAUGAAGCUCAUCAUCGAGAUGUCAACCAUUUUGCUUCCGACAUUCGCAAUAAAGGAAAAGGAAUUGAGAGAAGCAGCAGCUCCAAUUGGUUGUCAUGA